CAUAUAUAAAUACUCUAUACAGUAGGUACUGCAGAAAACUAUUUUGGCUAAAACAUGUUCAUUAUGGCUAACAAAAAUCCCAUUUGGCUAAUUUUUUGGCUGGCUACAGGUAUUUUUGAUCCAGGGUGAUCCCUGAAAUAUAUAUCUCAUCCGACAUUUGACGGCGACUUCGUUACUCACAAGUCAUUCGGACCAUAUCACCCAAGCCGGUUUUACACAAAUAUGCGAGGUUGUCCGAUUGAUUUUUGUGCUACAGAAACACCCGACAUUUGCCGAAUGCAUGGUUCGAACUACCCGAUGGGUCGAACAGACUUUGAUGCACCGACAGUGUUCGAGCCAAUGCGAUUCUACUGUAUAUACAGUAUAGGACUCAACAAAAUUCCAGAGAUUUUUCCAGAUUCCAUUACACCCAAAUCCCUGUAUUUUUCCCUGAAUCAAACAAACAUUUCAAAUUCCCUGAAUUUUUUAAAACCAUUUUCCCUGUUUUAUCUGUCACGUGGGUACCCUGAUGAUAUGUUCCCCAAGGGAUUCCUCAUAUUCUCCAACGUAAAACACUAAACAACAACAAAACAAAACCACCAGUUUUAUAAUAUUAAGUGUCAUUUUAUUCACUCGAAUGUUUGGAUUUUAAGAAUAAAAUUAUGAAUUGCAUCGUUUUCGAAAUGGGGCAAAACUGUAUUAAAAUAGUCUGCCACCACUGUUGCACCGAUCGUCAGUGGUCUAUUGAAUAUUUUAGGUGUGCGCUUUAUUUUUGACUCUCAAAACGCAGUUCAGAUAAACAUUUCGUCCCAAUUCUAAAUUCAUUCUAAAUUCAAAAGGUGUAGGUCGCUCGGUUACCUUUUUUUUCAGUUUAACAACUCCAGAACAUUUCGGACGCGAUUUUAGUCGGAAAUUGUCGAAACGGUAAUUAUGAAGCAUAACGUCCGUCCGUUGUUGUUAUAGAAAUCACGUGACGCUUAUUAUGUCAUGUAUUUAUUGAGCAACACCGAAUUAAUGAUUUGCUUGUUUAAAAAUAUUAAUUAUAAUAUUUAGAAGUCGGAGCGGUCUAUGAAGAGGCCUCCGUGUUAAAAGAUAGAGCGACAAGACCUUUCGUUCGACUUCUCGGUCUACACAGACUGGUGAAAAUAAUGAACUAUUAAGAAGUUUACCAGAGACAAAUAUAUACCUUGCGGCCAAAAAGAAAACGGAUGCCGAAGCCAUGUUAAAAGGCAGCCACAACAAAGAAAAAGCCAAAAAGGACAACCACAACAACACCAUCGACAUCUGGGAUGAAGUCUCGCUUAACAACGCUGACUGAAAUGGCCAAAGAUAUUGGGCAGCAGGAGGCGGAAUCCUACUAUAUGAGGGAUCUGGUUGCACUGGUUGAUCUUAUCGUUGAUUUCGCCCACUCUGCAGUCUUACAGUCAGCCAUCGACAGGAGAUUCAACAGACAAAAUCCAACAGCCCAUGAAAGUGAGUCGGACGGUUUUACCAACCAGAGUGAGUCGAAUGGUAUUGGACCCAUUAACCAUGUUGAGUCAGGUGCUGUUAGACCUACCAACCAGAGUGAGUCGGAUUCCUACAGAAACAUCAACCCCGUCUCAGAUAGUAUUAGUAGUACCAUUAUACCCAUUCACCAGGUUCAAUCAGAUGGUAUUAGACCCACCCAGAACAUUGAGUCAAAUGAUACUGGACCUAUCCACCAUGUUGAGACAGGUGGUAUUUUACCACCCUCAGAUAUUCAGUCAGAUGGUGUUAGACCCACCCAGAAUAUUGAGUCAAAUGGUAUUAUACCAAUCAAUCAGAAGGUAUUUUACUACCCUCAGAUAUUCAGUCAGAUGGUGUUAGACCCACCCAGAAUAUUGAGUCAAAUGGUAUUAUACCAAUCCACCAUGUUCAGUCAGAUGGUAUUAGACCCACCCAGAAUAUUGAGUCAAAUGGUAUUAUAGCCAAUCAAUCAGAAGGUAUUUUACUACCCUCAGAUAUUCAGUCAGAUGGUGUAUGUUAGACCCACCCAGAAUAUUGAGUCAAAUGGUAUUAUACCAAUCCACCAUGUUCAGUGAGAUGGUAUUAGACCCACCCAGAAUAUUGAGUCAAAUGGCAUUAUAGCCAAUCAAUCAGAAGGUAUUUUACUACCCUCAGAUAUUCAGUCAGAUGGUGUUAGACCCACCCAGAAUAUUGAGUCAAAUGGUAUUAUAUCAAUUCACCAAGUUCAGUCAGAUGGUAUUAGACCCACCCAGAAUAUUGAGUCAAAUGGUAUUAUAUCCAAUCAGUCAGAAGGUAUUUUACUAUCCUCAGAUAUUCAGUCAGAUGGUGUUAGACCCACCCAGAAUAUUGAGUCAAAUGGUAUUAUACCAAUCCACCAUGUUCAGUCAGAUGGUAUUAGACCCACCCAGAAUAUUGAGUCAAAUGGUAUUAUAUCCAAUCAAUCAGAAGGUAUUUUGCUACCCUCAGAUAUUCAGUCAGAUGGUAUUAGACCCACCCAGAAUAUUGAGUCAAAUGGUAUUAUACCCAUCCACCAUGUUCAGUCAGAUGGUAUUAGACCCACCCAGAAUAUUGAGUCAAAUGGUAUUAUACCCAUCCACCAUGUUCAGUCAGAUGAUAUUAGACACACUCAAAGUGUUGAGUCAAAUGGUAUACCGAUCUACAAUACUGAGUUAGAGGGUUUUAGAUCAGCCUACUAUAUUGAGUCAGAUGGUAUAAGCUCUGUCCACCAGGCUGAUCCGUACCAUAUCGGAACUGACCAUGAUUCAGUGUUGGGGCAAACCACUGUCCCCCACAGUGAUAGUUCACCAACCACUACAUAUUCACAGGUAAAGAAAUACAUGAACAGCACUCUAAAACGUUUAAGGUCGCAACUUCUGCGAUGGUAAGGGGUUUCUAUGUUUAAACUAUUCCCACUUAUAUUAUUAAUCAUUUUGACAAUACUGGUAAUAUUCAUCCAAUAUUGCUAUUAUUCAAAUUAGUACCGUUGUUUAUUUGCUGUCAUCUUUUCUUGAUAUUAAUUGCUGUCCCAAUAUGGUCUACUAAAAAUGAGGUGCUUUGGUCAGAGGACUAAACCUUCUCGGUGGACACAUUGUAGUUUCCUCGUCCCAGCUAUAGUUCCCCACAUCUGGCAUUUUAAAGAAUGCAGUAUGUACUGUCCUGUCUGUAGGUGUUGUUAAUCAAAACAAACCAUUAAAAUACAGUACCGUAUAUCGCUGUGUAUUAGCCGACUCCAUGCAUUAACCGACCCCCUAGUUUCACCCUCCA